UUUCUCAUCCACAGUUCUCGGCCUGCACAUGAGCGGAUCACCAGAGAGCCGCAGUCGCUGAUGUCGCGGAUACAGAAGGUCUCAUGGAGCUUAUCAAAGCGGCAGUGUUUUUGUUGUAUUUUCCUUCACAAUGCACUUUAGGAUUUCAAUAAGAUGUAUGUGUGUUUUGAGAUAGUGACUUUUCUUCUCGCGUUCAACUUCUACGAUUUGGUUCUUACUCAGGAUUCCUCCUGCUGCCACCAUGCUGAGGAGCUCUCACCAUGUUGGGAAGCAUGCGAUCAGCUCGCCACCAUAAAAAGUGAAUCCCGUUUGAAGCACCUACUACAGCGAUUACCAAGCUACUGCCCUGAGUCUAUGAAUGAGCUUUGGAUCUGCAUCAACUCCACACUACCUGGGUCGUCCAGGAAGUCUGAUGGUUGGGUGGGCCUGGGCUGCUGUGAGCUGGCCAUCUCGGCCGAGUGCCGCAGGGACUGCAAGCAGGCAUCAUCCAAGACCGACAUCACAAGAGUAUGCAAAAAAGACACAGAGAAACCACUGCACAGCUGUAUCACCAAAAAUGAGAUGGGCUCGUUGUGCUGCAGCUAUGCAGGAAGACACACCAACUGCAGAGAUUACUGCCAGGCCAUCUUCCGGACAGACUCCUCCCCCACCGUCUCGCAAAUCAAGGCUGUCAAGGAAUACUGCCAGAGCAUCAGCCCCGAGCUCAUUGGCUGUGUGGGCAACUACACCAAGUCCUACCCAAUCAGGAGCCCAAUAGACAGCCUGUACUGCUGCGACCGGGCCGAUGAGCCCCACUGCCAGGUGGCGUGCCGGCGGAUCCUGCGCACCAUGACGACAGAGCACGAGAUAAUGGAGGGCCUGAUCGAUGAGUGCGGCAGCCAGCCACUGCCCCAGGACCCGCUGUGGCAGUGCUUCCUGGGCAGCGCCCACCCCCCCACCAAGAGCGAGAUGGAGACCUCACCUACCGCCAAGAUGGACGGUGCCAAGCUGCACUGCUGCUACAAAGCCAAUACCUCACUGUGCCGGGAUAUGUGUCAGGAGAUCAGCACCAACUGGGGAACUCAAACGUGGCAGGAGUUUGACCAGAUGUGUGAGUACAGCCCCGUGGAGAAACCCCUGGUCACCUGUCUGGCCGACGUCAGGGAACCCUGCCAACUGGGAUGCAAGGACCUGGGCUACUGCACCAACUUCAACAACAGGCCCACAGAGCUGUUCCGUAGCUGUAACGUCCAAUCAGACCAAGGCGCCAUGAAUGACAUCAAGCUGUGGUCCAAUGGGACGAUCAAGAUGCCCUUUAUGAAUAUCCCCGUCCUGGACAUCAGGAAGUGUCGUCCGGAGAUGUGGAAGGCAGUGGCCUGCGCCCUGCAGAUCAAACCCUGCUACAGCAAGUCCCGCGGCAGCGUCAUCUGCAAGUCGGACUGUGUGGACAUCCUGACACAGUGUGGUGACCGCAGACGCUUCUACGAAGGACAGACGGCCGAGCGCAUCUGUGAGAUCCUGUCCCCCAUAGACGACCCUGAACGCUGUAUCCCCCUGGAGAGAUACCUCACUCCUAGCAACCUGGGUAAUAUCAUUGAGGAGGUCAUCCACCCGUGUAACCCCAACCCCUGUCCCAGCAACCAGCUGUGUGAGGUGAACAGGAAGGGCUGCCAGCCUGGACAGGAUUGCCUGCCUUACUUCUGUGUGCCUGGCUGUAAACUGGGUGAGGCCUCAGAGUUCCUGGUCCACGUCGAUGCCCGUAUCCAGGUGCCCAUGCGUAAUGGCCAGGCGGGCUGCUUCGAGGUUUGUACCUGCGGACAGAGUGGCAGGCUGGAGAACUGUGCCGAGAUGCCCUGCAUCGACACCUCCAAGACCUGCGUUGUUGGGGGCCAGAGAAAAAACCACGGGGCGUCCUUCAGGGUGGACUGCCACCCCUGCUCCUGCUUUGCUGGAGAAACCAUCUGCUCCACCCGCCAGUGUCUGAGUGCUGAAAGUUCAGACGAGGACCGUCGCCUAUUCACAGGGCUCCCGUGUGGCUGCCCUGACCGUUUUGUGCCGGUGUGUGCCCGUAACGGCCGCACCUACCCUAGUGCCUGUGUGGCCCGCUGCAUGGACUUCAAAGACGACCAGUUUGUGUUUGGCCACUGCCGCAGCAGUGACCCCUGCUCCCCCAGCCCCUGCCAGAGGAACCAGAGGUGUAUCACCAACCGUAGAGUGUGCCUUACAGACAUGGCUGACUACCCCUGUCCUCAGUUUGAGUGUGUGGGUCGCCCCUCAGGUUGUGACAAGAGCCACGUGGACCCAGCAUGUGACACAGACAACGUGGAACAUCCCAACCUCUGUCAGCUCCUCCUGAUGAGAAAGACCUUGGCCUAUAUGGGCCACUGUCAGGACGCCUGUAAAAGGGCUCGGCCCGUGUGCGGCCACAAUGGCGAAACAUACAACACGGUGUGCGAGGCCUACUCGGACCGCGUUGCCGUGGACUACCAGGGGCGGUGCCAUGCCGUGGGGGCGGUGGCAGAGUUUGCCUCUGACUCAGGCUGUGACAUGAUCCCCUGCCCCGCCCUGUCCACCCCGGGCUGCAUCCCUGUCACACCACCUGGCGCCUGCUGUCCUCUGUGCGCGGGCAUGCUGCAGAUCCUGUGGAACAAGGAGCAAAUGAAAGUCUUCGCUAAGUUGAACAGGAAGCAACCAGUGACGGUCCAUGACAUCUUGAGGAUCCUGCGUCUCCACAUCUCCGUGCCGCAGUGUGACAUCUUCGGUUACCUGAGCAUCGACUCAGAGAUCGUCAUCCUCAUCGUCCCCGUGGACCAGCAGCCAACCCCACUGCAGAUUGAAGCCUGCAGCAUGGAGGCGGAGAAGAUCGACUCACUCAUCAACUACGGCAGCCCCACCCUGGUCUCCCACGUGCCUCUGUCUGCUUUCCUCACCUCCGACGUCUCCAUCUCUACCAUCAGGUCCACGGGAUACCCCAGCUCCUCGGCCUCCUCCCUGCCCAUCUUCCUCUGCCUCGCCUUGGGCCUCGUCCUCAUUCUAGCUCCAGGCAUAGCCGAGGCCUAGCUAGUCCCCAGUAGCCAGCCACGCCCUGGUGGCACGAGGCCUGGUGUAUUGUGGACUAUUCUAAGGGACCCUCUCCCAGGUCAUUGCAUGGCAGGAAGCAUCAUCCUGUAAAAGCCUUGACAAUCAACCCUAUAAACUCUACUGCACAAGCGUCAAUCAUAGACGAGAAGCUAUGAGAUUCAUCUUGUUCCAAUGACAGAGGAGACACAAUCACAUUCCAGCUUUGGUUCCAUAGAACUCUCUAUAUAUUGUGACAGGGAGGAUUCGUUUUUUAUUACACAGUGUUUUGUAUCCAGUAGCUCUCUCCAUCUCUAAAGCUGUGUGUGUGUGUGUGUGUGUGUGUGUGUGUGUGUGUGUGUCCUCCUUACCUUUUCCCUCGCCCACUUCUCCUCUCCCUCUCCUCUCCUCCCCUCUCCCUCACCUCCCCUCUCCUUCUCCUCCCUUCUCCUCCCCUCUCCUUCUCCUCCCCUCUCCCUCUCCUCCCCUCUCCUCCCCUAACCUUCUCCUCCCCUCUCCUUCUCCUCCCCUCUCCCUCUCCCUCUCCCUCUCCCUCUCCCUCUCCCUCUCCCUCUCCCUCUCCUCCCCUCCCUCUCCUCCCCUCUCUAUCCAGGUUAUGAAUUUGUACUAUUGUAAAUAGAGAAGAAGUUGGGAGUUGCAGACUGAGACAAUCUGACCGUCAGACAGGUGGAAGACAAGCAUCCCCCCACUCUAUAAGCUGAAAAGACACAAAAAGGGAUUCCCGUUAUUCCUUUAGUGUAGAUAAGAUAUAUUUAAUAAAAUAACAGGAACAACAGCCAUGUUUUUAAUGAAAAUGACAAUCAUCACUUUACCCAGCACUGGGGUAAAACAAACGUGGGACAAUAUGCCUUGUAUAUAGUUCCCAUAGAAAGCAAAUGCAAUAACUCUGUAAUGUUGAUAAUAAUUAUUCUGAAAGAAUUCUAUAUUUGAUAUGGAUAAGACAUGGAUUGAAACGUGAUUCACUAUGUGCCUUUUUUAUUUUUUAUUUGAUGUUAUAUUCUUGCAUGAUGACAAUUUAUUUUUUAUCCAGAAUGUAUUGUAUUUGUCCUGUCCGUUUGAUUUGAUGAUGUUUCUAUGCCUACGCAACACGAAGUGUUGUCUCCGUCGUUCUACAGUAUUAUCGAGGCAGCUUUGAAGCAGCAAGGGUCUUUGUAGUAUUACACCUGUUUGUCUCUAAGAGUUUUUGUUUGUUUUGUUAUUUUUUUGUGAUAUCAAAUGCGUUCAUAUUGCCAAUGUUUAGAAAGAGUAGAGAUGUAGACACUUACGUAAUACUUUAAUCAUCACUCUAUUGCAUCAUUUUCUCGGGGCGGAGAUGCCAGUACUUUGCAAUGUGUAAAAUGCCAACAGAAUGCAUAUUUUAGGGAAUAUAAAAUCCUCCAAUCAAACAGA